AUGGAGGACACCCCUGAUACAAAGAAGAAGAGAUUUCAAGGUCCGUGUCACAAAGAAUCUACUCCCAAAGAAGGAAAUGAAGACGGUGUUGACCAUAUAAGCGGCCUUCCCAAUGACAUCCUAGGUGAUAUUAUCUCCCUCCUUCCUACCAUGGAUGGUGCAUGUACAAAGUGUCUAUCUUCUACGUGGAGCCAGCUUUGGUUCACCGCCCCACUUAAUUUUGACUAUUGUGACCUCCAAGAUCCCAACGAUGAUAAAGACCUUGUGAGCCUCAUUUCUAGAAUUUUUUAUGCUCACCCCGGACCUGCCCGACGCUUUUGCAUCCCUUCACACUAUCUCUGCACAAACAUUGACAAUGUUGUUACUUGGCUUCAGUCCCCCACCCUUAAUGGGCUACAAGAUCUUGAGUUCCACAUCCCAGAAGUUGACUUUACAUUGUCAUUAUAUCCCCCACCAUCAGCAUCCAUCUUUCGCUUCUCAUCCACACUCCGUAUUGUCUCCUUUGGUGGAUGCCGCCUCCCAGAUAUCAUGGUCAAUAAGCUCCAAUUCCCCAACUUCCAGCAGCUUGCACUCUUUGAUGCUAUUAUCUCCGAGGAGACCCUGCAUGCCAUGCUUGAUAGUUGCCCUGCACUCGAGAUCUUGCUGAUGAAAUACCAUGAAGGUUUUUGCUGUGUUCGGAUUAAUUCCCGAUCCCUUAAGAGCGUAGGUGUUCAUACUGGUUCUUUUCAACAAGGUCCCAUUAUAGAGGAGCUCAUUAUUGAGGAUGCCCCAUUACUUGAGAGGUUUAUCAUUUUUUAG